UUACAGUUGCACAACAUCACUAUACGUACAGGAUCAACACGUUCUGUUUGACCUGUAGAGUCCUGCCAUGGGCAGAUUGAGGAAGAAAUAUAACUGGAAAGGCAGACAGCAGAGCACAUCUGUGCAGAAAGCUGCUGGAGACAGACAGACAGAUGUGCAGGUGGAGAUACAAGAUGGAGCCGUGCUUAAAGGAGUAGACGACUGUAACGUUCUCGUUCUGCCCGCCACCAGGACCAAAAAACAAAAAGUGGAACGUCCCGUGCCCAAGAAAAGAGCCCUGACGAAGAAACAGAGGAAGAACUUGGAGAAAGUUCUGGAGCAGAAAGAAAAGAAAUCCCAUAGAGCAGAGAUCUUAUCUAAACUAGCGGAGGUUCAGCUGCCCGAGACAGAGCUCAAACUGCUGUACACCACCUCUAAACUCGGCACUGGGGACAAACUCUACCAGGCAAAAGCAUCUGUGAAGGAAGAUCAGGAAGGGGAUUCAUCUACUGUCAAGAUCAGCAGUUUGAGCGGAGCCAACAGAAAGAGGAGAAGAGCGGUGGAUGAUGAUGAUGAUGGUAAGUCAGAGUCAUCCGAGGAGGAGGAUAGUGAGGGAUCAGACUCAUCUGAGGAAGACGAGGAUAAACCGCCUGAGGAAGAACCCACAGAAGAGCAGCAGGUGCUGAAAGAGGAGGUGAAACAGAAAGAGAUGGACGUUAAAGAGGAAACGCAGAAGAAAGAAGACUGUAAACCUGCCGUGUUUAUUCCCGUUGACCGACUUCCGGAGAUUCAGGAGGCUCGUCUGAGGCUGCCGAUCCUGGCGGAGGAGCAGGUGAUCAUGGAAGCGGUGAGGGAGAGCGAGUGUGUGGUGCUGUGUGGAGAGACGGGGAGUGGGAAAACCACACAGGUUCCUCAGUUCCUGUAUGAGGCGGGAUACGCCAGCUCCGGCGGCAUCAUCGCUGUGACCGAGCCCAGGAGAGUGGCAGCGAUCAGCAUGUCUCAGCGUGUUGCCACUGAGAUGAAUUUACCCAACAGGGUGGUGUCUUAUCAGAUCAGGUAUGAAGGGAAUGUGACAGAAGACACAAAGAUCAAGUUCAUGACAGAUGGUGUUCUGCUUAAAGAAAUUCAGAAGGAUUUCCUGCUGCAGAAAUACAGUGUGGUGAUCAUAGAUGAAGCUCACGAGCGCAGUGUGUACACAGAUAUCCUCAUCGGCCUCCUGUCGCGCAUCGUCCCGCUUCGCAACAAGAAAGGUUUACCCAUGAAGCUGAUCAUCAUGUCAGCGACGCUGCGUGUGGAGGACUUCACGGAGAACAAGAGACUCUUCCGCUCUCCUCCUCCGGUCAUCAAGGUGGAGGCCCGUCAGUUUGCAGUCACGGUACAUUUCAACAAACGCACACAAAUGGAGAACUACACUGGAGAAGCUUUCCGCAAGAUCUGCAAGAUUCAUCGUAUGCUGCCGCCAGGUGGGAUUCUGGUGUUUCUGACGGGUCAAGCGGAGGUCCAUUCUGUGUGUCGCAAACUGAGGAAGGCUUUCCCUUACAGACCCAACCGAGAGCACACAGAUUCAAUGGAAACAGACGACCUGAAGAAGUCAAAAAGAGCAGAGAAAAACAAUGUGUCCCUCCCGAGGAUUAAUCUGGACAGUUACUCUGUUCUGCCUGUGGACGAGGGUGAUGAGGAUCGGCAGGCCGGCAUUGAUGAAGAUGAUGAUGAGGGUUCAGACCUUGAGCUGGAGCUGGGUGAUCAUCCAGAGAGCGAUCAGGAAGAGAAGGCGGAUCCGUCGAUCCCGCUCUACGUACUUCCUCUCUACUCUCUGUUGGCACCCGAGCUGCAGGCAAAGGUUUUCCGUCCUCCUCCCGCUGGAGCGCGUCUGUGUGUCGUUGCGACUAAUGUUGCGGAGACGUCUCUGACGAUCCCCGGUAUCAAGUAUGUCGUGGACUGCGGCCGUGUGAAGAAGAGAUUCUACGACAGGGUGACGGGCAUCUCCACCUUCAAGGUCACCUGGAUCUCACAGGCUUCAGCCAAUCAGAGGGCAGGAAGGGCGGGCAGAACGGAACCGGGUCACUGCUAUAGGCUCUACUCGUCUGCUGUGUUUGGGGAUUUCAGUUUGUUUUCGGAGGCUGAAAUCACGCGGCGUCCCGUCGAUGACCUCGUCCUUCAGAUGAAAGACCUCAACAUUGAGAAGGUUGUGAACUUCCCGUUCCCCACUCCUCCAUCAUCCGAGGCGCUGAUCGCAGCCGAGCAGCUUCUGAUCUCGCUGGGAGCGCUGGAGGAGCCGCCUCGACACGGACGUUUGGGCGAGAUGGAGAGGGCGCGUCUAUCGUGUCCCAUAACCCCUCUGGGUCGUGCAAUGGCCGCGUUCCCCGUCGCACCGCGUUACGCUAAGAUGCUGGCGCUGGGCCGUCAGAAGGGCUGUAUGCCGUAUGUCAUCACCAUCGUGGCCGCCAUGACGGUCAGAGAGAUCUUUGAGGAUUAUGACAGGCCUGCGGGCAGCGAGGAGGAGAGCACUAAGAUGGCGGGGAAGAAAGCCAGAUCUGUUCAGAUGAGGCGGUUAUGGGCAGGACAGGGACAGUCACUGCAGCUGGGAGAUCUGAUGGUUCUGCUGGGGGCGGUCGGCGCUUGUGAAUUUGCUGGCUGCGCUCGUCAGUUCUGUGAGGAAAAUGGCCUUCGGUUCAAAGCAAUGCUGGAAAUCCGAAGAUUACGAGGACAACUGACCAAUGCAGUGAAUGCUGUUUGCUCCAACGCUGGCGUAUACAUGGAUAAUAAGAUGGCUCCUCCGACAGAGUCACAGGUGACGUUCUUACGGCAGAUCGUAUUGGCAGGUUUAGGAGAUCACAUCGCCAGACGAGUGCAGGCCGAGGAACUGCUCGACCCCAAGUGGAGGAACGGCUACAAGACUCCUCUGUUGGACGAUCCAGUGUUUAUUCACCCAUCAUCUGCCCUUAAUAAGACACUUCCAGAGUUUGUUGUUUACCAGGAAGUCAUGGAGACCACCAAGAUGUACAUGAGAGGCGUCUGUGCCGUUCAGGCGGAGUGGAUUCCUAAGCUCCUCCCACAAUACUGUCACUUCAGCGCCCCGGAGGAAAGCCCCGCCCCCUGGUACUGCCCACUGAGUGGCCGAGUGAAGUGUCGACAGCAGAGCACCUUCUUCAGAGUCAGUUGGAAACUUCCCGCCGUUGAGAUGGAUUACCCAGAGGGCCUUGAACGUUACAAACUGUUUGCAAAGUUUUUCCUUGAGGGCCAGGUUUGUCCAAAGAUUCAGCAGUUCAGCACAUGUUUACUGUCGUCACCAGCCACCAUGCUGAAGACCUGGGCAAAGUUGCAGCCGCGGACUGAAGUUCUUCUCUCGGCGCUGGCGUCAGAAAAAGUGGACAACAGAAACGCUUUAGAAGCAGCGUGGAAGAAAAAUCAAAAAUAUCUGAUGGCAGCGUAUUGUCAGUGGAUCCCUGAGUCUCUUCAUGCAAAGGUCAGUAAAAUCUGGCCACCGAUCUGACUCGGUGACCUUUGACCUGUCUGACCACAUGUUGUAGGUGUGCCGUAAGACACUUGUAAUGAACAGGAUAUCUUCCUGCUUGUGCCUCGUUCUCUGACACGUCUCACGGAUGGAUUACUCUGUGGACUGAUAAAGAAUUCCAGCGUAAAUGUCAGCUUCCCAUGAGGCAUCUGGGUGGACACGGGACUUUUGUAAACGUAUCUUCACAGAUCGUAACACCUGAACAAAUAAAUUGCUUUUUUUAACCAAC